ACUGUAGUCAGCUAUAUAAGAAGGUUUCUCUGGCAGAGCCCUGCAUCACUUACAGGUUGUUAUAUCUCAAACCUCAUCGCACAUACCGACAUAGAGGCAGGAUGAAGCUGCUGCUGGUCGUUGCUGCUGUUCUGGCCGUGGCCAGCUGUGCCAGUAUCUCUCUGGAAGACCUGGAGUUCCAUGCGUGGAAACUCAAGUUUGGAAGGUUCUACAGCUCUCCAUCAGAGGAGGCACACCGCAGGCAAAUCUGGAUCAACAACCGCAAACUGGUGCUGGUGCACAACAUCAUGGCCGAUGAAGGCAUCAAGUCCUACCGCCUUGGCAUGACCUACUUUGCUGACAUGGAAAAUGAAGAGUACAAACGCCUGAUUUCCCAGGGCUGCCUGGGCUCCUUCAAUGCCUCCCAACCUCGCCGUGGCUCUACUUUCUUCCGGUUGCCUGAGGGCACCGAUCUGCCCAACAGUGUUGACUGGAGGGACAAAGGAUACGUCACUGAUGUCAAGGAUCAGAAGGAGUGCGGCUCCUGCUGGGCCUUCAGCACAACUGGCUCGCUGGAGGGUCAGAACUUCAAGAAGACAGGGAAGCUGGUGUCUCUGAGCGAGCAGCAGCUGGUUGACUGCUCCGGCGACUAUGGCAACAUGGGUUGUAUGGGAGGCCUAAUGGACAACGCUUUUCAGUACAUCCAAGCCAACGGAGGGAUAGACACAGAGGACUCCUACCCUUAUGAAGCUGAGGAUGGUCAGUGCCGUUACAACCCUGACUCUAUUGGUGCCAAAUGCACAGGCUAUGUUGAUGUGAAACAAGGUGAUGAAGAUGCCCUGCAGGAGGCUGUGGCAACCAUCGGACCUGUGUCUGUGGCCAUUGAUGCUUCUCAUGCAUCCUUCCAGCUCUAUGAAUCAGGAGUGUAUGAUGAGCCAGAGUGCAGCAGCACAGAGUUGGACCACGGUGUACUGGCUGUGGGCUACGGCAGUGAUAAUGGACGUGACUUCUGGCUGGUUAAAAACAGCUGGGGUCUAAGUUGGGGAGACAAGGGAUACAUCAAGAUGACCAGGAACAAACACAACCAGUGUGGUAUUGCUACUGCAUCCAGCUAUCCCCUGGUCUAAGCAGGUCCAGCACUUUCCUCAGUGAGGAGGAGAACAGAUAAUUUACUUUAAUUUCAUAAAGAAACUGAGUUAUGGAGCAAAAUGUCCUUUUGUUGUUCUUCAGAAGUGAAUAAGGUACAGAGUCUGUCUGGCACACUUUUAAUAAAAUAACUUUUUUUUUUUAAUGAAUAUUGUAAAUAAAUGUAAAAAAACACUGAGAGAUACAAAUAAACAUUUAUGUGUU